AUGUCUACCAUUGCAUCUUUCAGAGAGUGGCUGCGCCGCAAGCAGCUGCAGAUCGAAGUCACCUUUGCUGUGUACAUGUUCACGCCUACGGAGAAGUUUGCCUUUUACUCCAUCGUCUUCCUCCUCGUUAGUCUCACCUUCAUCGCCGCCAUCCUCUACCUCCCCCACCACAUCUCGAUCCUCUCGGGCCGCGUCUGGUACUACAUCAAUGGCGAUCAUAUCGAUGUUAUGGCCUCGGCGAGAUCGGCUGUUGGCAGUAUUAUGACGUCUGCAGUGGCGGAUAAUGUCAAGAACAAUGUCAUGCCGGAAGUGACCAAGAUUGUGGCCGAUGCUGCUCGGGUUAAGAGCGAGCUGUAA